CUGAUAACAUAUCUGAAAUGUUAUCUUAAGGAAAAUAUAUUGAUUUUAAAAAGGUGUUAAUCGGCAUGCAAUCUGAAAGCCCACUUAAGGAAAAUAAAUAUCGUACCUUCAUCCACUAUAGUGGUGUUAGUGUUAAAAUGUGUUUUGAGAUUUAAUGAUGGAUAAUUUAAAAUUAAGAAGGCGCAAUACGUAUACGGUUGUAGGCAUGAAUCGGGAAAGCUUCAAAUCCUACAUAGAGAACCCUGAUGAACUGGACGGUUACAAUGUGGAGCAGGUGACAGAGUCUGCCUCAGAAUUUUUUGACAUGGAGCUCCAGCCUAAUCUUCAGCCUGGAGAGAGUAUGAUUGGGGAGGUGGACAGUGUACUGAAAUAUUUACCAUACUCGGAUGGAAAACAAGGAAUGUCGGGCAAACUUUGUGCUACCAAUUUUAAAGUAUCAUUUGUGACAGCUGACAGAUCAUCCUAUGAAACAACAGGUAAAAGACAAAGGAACAAAUUUCUGGAUGAAGAUGAUAUCCCACUUACUUAUAUAGAUGCCAUUUAUCAAGUGACAAGAAAUGGAAAGAGAAAGAAAUUGACUCAGGGAACUACAACUUCCUCAAGAACAGAAGUACUCGAAAUACAUUGUAAGGAUUUCAGAAUUCACAAGUUUAGUUUCAAAUUCUCUGUGAAUAAGACACAGAGUAAACAGUUUGUGAAUGUAUUAGUACACCAUGUGUUCCCUACCAAAGAUACUUUCCUGUUUGCACAUGAAUACGCCAGAAAAAAUGAACUUAAAGGUCCUCAGCUAGUUUGUGAAGUUCCGAUGUUUGACACGAUAUAUGACUGGGAGGAAGAAAUAAAGAGAUGUAAAUGUAUGAAGAGUUGGCGAGUCACGAAUGUUAAUAUGUCAUAUGAUUUGUGUCAAAGUCUACCUCAAUACUUUGUUGUACCAUUUGCCCUGAUGAAUAAUGAUUUACAAAAGGCAGCCCCACAGUUCAAGGAGAGAAGGAUUCCUACAUGGUGCUAUACUCAUAUCAAUGGCAAUAGUUUGGUGAGAAUGUCUGCACCGGAGGAAAGUUGUGAUCAAGGUUUUCUACAGAAAAGUAAUUCAUUUAAGACACAAAUAAUACAGAAAUUAGGGAUGUUAGAUGCUGUUAAAGUAGCUGGUAACCAUAGAAACUCUCCAGCUGUGAUAGAUGUUGCUGAAAGUUGUCCAUCAUGUCGAGAUGUUCAGGAAGGGUUUGUUAAACUGAAAAAAUUGUUUAUGACAGAUUCAGAACAAGAGUUUUAUGUACAAGACAUGAGCUGGUACUCAAGUCUAGAUAAUACAAAAUGGCUGUCAAUGGUGGCUAAAUGUCUUAAAGCAUCACAUGAUAUUGUAACUAUAGUAACCAAUAAAAGAUCUGUUGUGAUACAAGAACAAAGUGGCUGUGAUAUGUCAUGUCUAGUUUCAAGUGUUGUGCAGAUUUUGUUAGAUCCAUAUUAUCGUACUCGUGUCGGAUUUGAGGCAUUGGUACAGAAAGAAUGGGUACGAAUGGGACACCGUUUCCAGAGAAAUCUUGGUCUUGUUGGAACUAGUGAGGCUGAUUUAGAACAGGUUUGUAUGUUUGAUUUUAUGUUAUCUCAAAUGCAAUAUAUAUUUUAUGAAAAUUUAUGAUAUAUUACAUAAAAU